UGAGUAGCACCACCUUCUGAAUUCCUCUCUCUCUCUCUCUCUCACACACACACACACACACACACUAGUAUCUCAUUGUUUGCUAAUGGCUUCAUCCGAUGGCAAGCUAAGGUUGGAGGGCAAGGUGGCUAUCAUCACUGGAGCGGCGAGUGGGAUCGGAGAAGCCACGGCCAGGCUCUUUGCCGCUCACGGCGCUACCGUUGUCAUCGCCGACGUGCAGGACCAACUCGGUGAGGCCGUCGCUGCUUCCAUCGGCCUUCACAAGGCCAGCUUCAAGCACUGUGAUGUCACGGAUGAAAAGCAGGUGGAAGAAACAGUACAUUACACAGUGGAGAAGUAUGGGCGCUUAGAUAUCAUGCACAGCAACGCAGGCGUACUCGGAUCAGUUGAAGGUGUUAUGGACAUGGACCUGACCCAACUGGACAAGACGCUGGCCGUGCACGUCCGUGGCACCGCAGCGGCGAUCAAGCACGCGGCGCGUGCCAUGCGAGCCAGCGGCACUCGCGGGUCCAUCAUAUGCACAGCAAGCGUCGCGGCAAGUCAAGGCAAUCUUGGACCCGCAGCGUACACUGCAGCAAAGCACGCUGUGAUCGGGUUGAUGCGCUCCGCCGUGUUAGAUCUCGGGGCGCACGGUAUUCGCAUCAACUGCAUCUCGCCCUUCGGUGUGGCGACUCCGAUGUCGUGCGCGUACAUCGGGAAGGCAGCUGAGGGGGUUGAAGAUCUUUGCUAUGAGAUGGUUGCUCUCAAGGGCGUGAUUUUGAGAGGUGGGCAUGUCGCGCAGGCUGCUCUCUUCUUGGCCUCGGACGAAUCGGAGUACAUUAGUGGCCAUGACUUGGUCAUUGACGGAGGAGUCACUGUGGUUAACAAAAACGAUCUCAAGGCAAACAAGCGGACAUCUUUGCUUUGGAAUUUGGAUUCCUAGGGGUAGCAAUAAUCUGUCUGGAUCCACUGGUCCGAUUUUGUGCCCGAAAUAAAAAGUGUUUGGACA